CAAACUUUGGCCAGCGCAGCCCAGGUUCGGUGCCAGGGACGAGCCAGGGUUUUCAAGAUGAAUUAUACUGAGUCAAGCCCAUUGACAGAAUCAACUGCAUUAGGUUUUACACCUGAGUUAGAAAGUACCAUACCCGUGCCUUCCAAUGAGACCAUAUGUGAAAACUGGAGAGAGAUACAUCAUCUAGUUUUUCAUGUAGCGAAUAUUUUUUUCACAAUUGGGUUGGUUAUUCCAACUAGUCUUCACCUUCAUAUGAUACUUCUUCGGGGGAUGUUAACUAUAGGAUGUACCCUUUAUAUUGUCUGGGCCACUCUCUACCGAUGUGCCUUGGAUAUCAUGAUCUGGAACUCGGUGUUCCUGGGUGUCAACAUUUUGCAUCUGUCAUAUCUUUUGUACAAGAAAAGACCGGUAAAGAUUGAAAAGGAGCUCAGUGGCAUCUACCGCCGAUUGUUCGAACCACUCCGUGUGCCUCCAGAUUUGUUCAGAAGAUUAACUGGCCAGUUUUGUAUGAUCCAAACAUUAAAAAAGGGCCAGGCUUAUGCUGCAGAGGAUAAAACCUCAGUUGACGACCGUCUAAGUAUUCUCUUGAAGGGGAAAAUGAAGGUUUCCUAUCGAGGACAUUUUCUGCAUAACAUUUACCCCUGUGCCUUUAUAGAUUCACCAGAAUUUAGAUCAACUCAGAUGCACAAAGGUGAAAAAUUCCAGGUCACCAUCAUUGCAGAUGAUAACUGCAGAUUUUUAUGCUGGUCAAGAGAAAGAUUAACUUACUUUCUGGAAUCAGAACCGUUUCUAUAUGAAAUAUUUAGGUAUCUCAUAGGAAAAGACAUUACCAAUAAGCUCUACUCGUUGAAUGAUCCCACCUUAAAUGAUAAAAAGGCCAAAAAGUUGGAACACCAGCUCAGCCUGUGCACACAGAUCUCCAUGCUGGAAAUGAGGAACAGUAUAGCCAGCUCCAGUGACAGUGAAGAUGGCUUACACCAGUUUCUUCGGGGCACCUCCAGCAUGUCCUCUCUCCAUGUGCCAUCCCCACACCAGCGGGGCUCUGCCAAGAUGAAACCAAUAGAAGAAGGGGUGGAAGAUGACGAUGAGGUCUUUGAGCCUGAAUCUCCAAAUACAGUUAAAGUCCAUCAGUUGCCUUGAUUGGAUAGAGGAGCCAAGUUACCAGGAUGGAGGCUGUCUUGAAGAGAUCCUGAAAAAUACCAGCACUUCUUCAUGGCUUAUUGAUCACUCUGCUUGAGCAUUGGUAGUCUGAG